UGCGCUGGUUAACCUGGUGCUGGUUAAGCCGUUAAGCGCUUCCGGCUAAAAUACGGUUGCGUAAACGAAGACUGUGGAUACAGCUACGGCUAACGUUAGGCUAAAGUAGUAGGUCAUGGACAUUGUCAUGGCGCGCGUGGCACAUGUGGUACGAUUGUGCAUCCGAAACUGGAAUGCCGAAGCCCGACAAGUGUGACCGUGCACGGGAAGGUGUGCGCUCAUUGAGCGCUGUAGCUAAGAAUGUUGUGUGCAAUGUGUACUUGUACUUUUCUCAUCAACGAGAAAUGUACCUGCGGGUACUCAAUGGCAACGAUGUUACCUGCGCAUGUUCGAUAUGCAAAAUUGUGUUGCCUUGCGUCUCAAACCCUUGGUCAAGCUUGCCAUUUAGAGCUACCGAGCUCGCCACUAAUGUCCGGAAGCGACACAUAUUUCGCAUAGCCAAACGAAAGGAUGACAGCCUCCAAGAGUUCAUCACUCCAGAGAGAGGUUCUGCUCCCACUUUUGCAGAACGUCAACAGGUACGUGAAGCUCUUUCACAGUUUUUUGAUCAGAAGAAACACUGGCUCCGAAGUAUGAAAUUUGCAUUGAAAAACGGAUACCCGGAAGGACGUUUUGGCUACGUUCUCGAAUCACUCGGAUUUGUGUUUCGACGCUGGAACGACGUCAUGGUGCCAAUUGAGCAAUGUUCCCUCAUUGCGAAACGCGCACGUUACCUCCGAGACGUUCAGGAGGCGCGAGGCCGUGGCACACUUUUUUUUCUUGACAUGUGCUGGUUGGAUGAUAAGCAUGUGGUGGCACACAGACCUGAAGAUUGCAUAUGUCCAAGCGCAGCUGUUUUAUUUGCUGGGUCCAAUGCAAGUGGCACCGCCCCAACAUUCGAAAUAGUUCCAUCUCCUGGCGACGUUCGGGGUUCAUUAUGUUCUUGGGUGCGCAAUCUGGCCGAGAAACUACCUGCUCGUUCCAUUGUGGUUAUUACUGACUUUACUUGGAUGACUGACCCUACAGAGAAGCUACCUUCCGAGAUAAGUCCGAAGCAGGAAAUAAUACAGUGGUUGGAACAACACUCAACACCCUAUGACCGCACAAGCAGCAGGUAUGAACUGCUUGAACUAGUACUAGAACAAGAAGCAAAGUUAUGUGCCCCUCAACUGCAGUCCAUCAUGGAAAGUGCUGGUCAUUCAGUGCUCUUUUUGCCAUCUAAUGUGCUAGAGUUGAACCCUGUAUCCCUUGUAUGGCAGUACCUUGAAAGGAGCUUGAAGAAGAAUAGCUCUGCAGAUCCAGAAACACUCCUAAGUCACAUCAAUGAGGAUAUUUGGUACCAGUUUUAUUUAAGUGCUGUUGAUCUUGAAGAGGCUUACAGAAAUGCUGAUGGUACGAUGUUUCAUGCACUGGAACGCAUGCCUGUCAAUACAGAUGCAUACAGGGAUGAAACAUUAGUCUAGUUCUUGUUUUCUUGAUGUCAGUUUUUCACACAGCUGUGAUACGUAACACCAUUUCUGGUAUGUACUGUUUAUUUUAUAGUGUAAUGUAUGUAUGUAUGCAUAAAAAACUCACACUAAAGUGCACUUCUACAUUACAAUAAACGUUAGUUUGUAUCUA